AAAUUAACACAUACAAAAUUAACUCAAAAUUAAUUUCAGAGAAAGAUUGCACAAGGGAGAAGAAGCACAAAGAAACUCAGCUGCGACAGAAAAUGGACGCGACGAUAGGAAAGUUUUUCGAUUCCGUCUCUGGCAUCUUCUCCGGCGCUGCCUCUGGCUCCGCCGAUGAGUUCCCCUUGUGCGACACCGACAUCAUCUCGGGAUGUGAGAAAGAGCUCGCAGAGGCUCAGAAAGGCCAAGACGAAGGGCACAAGAAGGAAUGUAUCAUGCGCCUUUCAUGGGCUCUUGUUCAUUCAAAGAUACCAGCGGAUAUACAGCGUGGUAUAGCAAUGCUUGAAGCUUCGGUGGUUAGUGAUACAAGUCCAAUGAAACUAAGGGAGAAGCUGUAUCUCCUUGCUGUUGGGUACUAUCGAAGCGAUGACUUUUCAAGAAGCCGGGAUUUUAUAGAACGCUGUUUGGAGGUUGAACCCGAGUGGAGACAGGCUCAGACUCUAAAAAAGAUUAUAGAAGACCGUAUUGUGAAAGAUGGUGUGAUCGGCGUUGGAAUUGCUGUAACUGCUGUUGGAGUUGUUGCUGGUAUUGCUGUAGCCCUAUUACGCAAAGGCUGAGAAGGAAAGAACCUAUACAUGUGCAUGUUUCCCUGAUCUUCAGUGAGUUUGUUUAUUUCCUUUGCGGGCUUGUAUGAAUGUCUUUAUUAGACGAAAAUGAAUGAUUUGUAAUUCCAAUUUUACUAUGAAUAGCUAAACAAAACAGAAGGGAUUGAGGAAGAAUCAAACAGAAACUCUUUAUUAUUACUUAAGCAGGAAUUUAGAAGAAAAUAGAUAAUGCGCUACUGUUAUGAGGUUUUGAUUUGUGGAUCAGCUUUAAAUUUCUGCAUGUCCUAGCAAGGCUAGAAGAAAAGUCUUGUAGUCCCCUGAUGUCUCUUUUGCUAUGGCUUGAUCGAGGCUCACAUUGUUCCUCUUGCGAUACAGCUCAGUGAUCUUCUUCAGG